AUGGAAGUCAUGUUCGAUUACUUUGAGCAAUUGAACGGGACUGACAUUCUGGAAUCCAACGCUCGCGUUAAAAAGUUCAACCGCUCAUCGGCGGUUCUGGAUGGUACUUUUAACCUGAAAAUCCCAAUGGAUGAUUCAUUCAAAAUUAAGAUGGACUUUUAUCAUAGUCCGAAAGGCAAUCAGCAAUUCAAUUACUACCCGUUGAAAUUACCACUGACUGGAGUAUGUGCAUAUAUCAAGUCUGCUUGGAAAGAGUAUAUGUCGCAUCUUCAAAGCAUGAUAGAUAAUUUGCCGGAGGUCGAUGAAUGCCCUUUCUCACCUAGGGAAGUGCGUUUCACUAAUCUGUUGUACCCGCAAGAAACAGUUCCCGAAUUUGCUCCAACUGGACUGUGGAAGAUAUAUCUCACAAUACAAUCAGACACUGGCGAGGGGCUUUGUUUGCUGGUGCUGGUUAAGCUGUACAACGGUGAAUUUUUCGGAUGA